GAUUGAGUCAAGUCGUUCUUGAAUAAAAAGAGAAUUGAGUACAGUUUUAAAACAAAACUGGUGGUUCAAGAACUGAUUUUGAGUACAGAUGGCUCUCGAGUAAAAAAAUCCUGAGUCAAGUUGUCACACUGCCUAAGCGCCACUUCACGAGUCGUCAUGGAACCGAAAAGACAAAAUCCGCAUCGCCAUCGAUGGAAAAGGAACUAAAUCCUCCUCGCCAAGUACGAAAAACAAAUUGAAUCCUCCUCGUCAAUUCUGGAAAAAAUAUUUAACCUCUUGGUCAUUUAUGGACAGCGAUUCGUAUCUGCAUCGCCAUCUAUGAAAGAGUAAUUGAAUCCUCCUCGUCACAAAUAGACACGACAGUUCACGAAUGAACAUGUACAAUCGCCAUCAUUAAUGCCUGGAAAAGAAAUUUGAAAGUUGCAACCACUCUGUAUGUUGCCAUAGUUAAGGCGAAAAAUAUCCGUUGGCGACAGUGGGAGCAUAGAGGAGUGUGAACUUAGGCCAAGUGAAAGGAAAUGUAUUUAAAGUGGUUAAUAGUUCAAUGAUAUAUGUAAACAAACAUAAGGGUUAGUAAAUAAAUAUUAAUUUUUAAUUGUUUAUAUAAAAAACAAUGUUGUGAUUGGUGAAGAACUGUUUAUUAAAGUGUGUAGCUUUAAUUAAUGAAUUAAAAUAAAUAAAAUGUUAUUAAAAGUAAUAAUUGUGAUUUAAAAAUUUCUGAUCUGUAGCGUGCAGUGUUAAACGUGAAAUAUUAAUUAAAAGUUGAAUAAAAUUAAGUGAUUUCAAUUAAAGAGUAUAUACAAUCACAGACUUUAGGUUAAAUGUGCAUAAGUCUGAGGAAAAGUUCAAUUGGAGCACUUGCUAGUACUCUAGCUAAGUAUACUAUUUACGGAUACUACUGGUUAUAAGAUGUUAUAAGGUAGCUAGGACGAAUUCUAGGACAAAUUCACUAAGAUGAAAUUGAAGUUUUUGGUGGACUCUGGCUGAGGAUACUAUUUUUACAAAGACUGCUGGUUAUAAAGUAUUUACUAGUUAUGGUGAUUAUUAUCUGGGCAAAUCUGCUCGAGGCUGAUUGGAUGUUAAAUUGGAGCAUUACGUUGGAUCCCGGCUGAGGACUUUCUCUUCAUUGCGAGUACUGGCCAUUAAUUUAUGGAUGUACAGGCUACUUAAAAAAUUUCCCAAUGAAAUUUUCACGGAUUUAAUGAAGAAUUUAAUUGGAAUACUCCAAAAGACUCUGGCUCAGGAUUUUGUUCGAUUUUCUCUGUUGGUAAUCGUACAUUUCUCCAUUAUGAUUUCAUUUUCCAAUAUAUUAAUUAAACAAAUUCUGUGAAUUCGUAUUAAAAAAAAAACAAAUAUAAAUCAAUUCGUACCUUUAGUAACAAUGAAGACUUUGUCCCUUGUUAAUAAAAAAAAAUUGUUUUUAGUGUUCACUUCAUUUAUUCAUUCGUCACCGGUUACCAUCGCAUCAUCACUUGCCACUAUGAUCUCUCCAAACAAAUGGACUUUUAAUGAAGAAUAUGCAAUGGUUCGUUCUCGUCUCCUGGAACAUGGGACGGAUUAUAAGUUUAAUCGUUUACGAGACGAUGACCUUGGCAUAUGGGAAAUUAUUUCUCAAGAUCCAAUUCUCGUAAACGGAAAAAAAGAUGCUACGAUGUGCCGGGACCGGUUCUUCGACAUCAUUGAUGAUUUUUUGGUUUAUUUUAACAUGUCAGACAGGCAACGAAUGUCGAUGAACUUGCCUGCACAUUACAUGCUUUUUCAAUAUUAUCUCACUCAAUGUGAUGCAGUUUUUUAGAAAAAUUGGGCUGAGUAAAAAUUAAAAGUGAUCUCCAAAAUGAAAAUGAAUAAAAUUUUUUUGGAUUCUUAACAAAUUAAUCAUAUUCGUCGUAAUCUAUUACAUAAUUUUUCCCAAUAUUAUAUGCUAAAAUUCAU